AUUAUAGACAUAUGAUGUUGCCAUAACAGGGUAAUAUUAUAUUGUACAAUAACUGAAUGUUUGUAAGUAUCGUUUGUAUUUCAUUGUGCAACGUGCACGUGUCAAAUGUGUGAUGGAACAGUAGUUUGUGCAUAUUGUACAUAGUUUUGGGUUAAUAAACGGGCUGAAUAAUCAUAUUUUUCUUUCCGUUCAUUUAGUUGGAUAUUCGUUAUUAUCAAUACAAAUAUUUGAACACAAAUUUAAUUCAUUUUCAGACGUAAACAGGCGCAGUAAACAUGGGGAGUAUAAAAGAUCCCCAAUAUGGACAAAGUCUGGUGAGGAGCCUGCAUAAUCUGUAUGAAACCAAGUGCCUGUGUGACAUUACACUGAAGACUGCUGAUGGGUGUGAGCUGAAAGCUCAUUGGUUAAUCCUUGCUGCUCACUCGGAGUACUUUCACAGCAUGCACAGUUCAAGAAACUCAGAUAGUCCAGUGAACACUGUUGAUUUAGAUGUUGACCUUGAUGUGCUGCAAAAUAUCCUUGAAUACCUAUACAGUGGAAAGGUGAAGGUCACUGACUCAAACAGGGCUCAACUGUUGGACACCGGCCAAAAACUGAAAUUUGAAUACCUUGUCAAAUUUAUUUCAAAUCAAACCUCUGUGAUGACAGCAGAUGGAAUGAGGGAAUCUUGUUCUCCAGCCACAAGAGUGAGUUCUUUGGACCUUCCUGGUGGCAGAUACAAGUCAGGUGGAAACCUAGCCGACAGAGACCAGUCCGAUGGAGACCAUUCUGUUAGAGUCUGGUCAGGAGGUUCUCCAGGGUCAGACUUACGGAAUCAGGGUCUACCGGAGUCUGAGUCUGUGUUUCUGCCCGAGUCUCUCCCCCACACAGACAGUGAAGAGUUCGACAUCAACCGAGUCAAAGAUGAGGUGGAGGAGGAGGAGGACCAGCUCAGCUCCAAUCUUCAAGUUACGUUUAACACAGAAGGGUUUGCUGAAACUUCAUGUGUGGCACCAAUGCCAAAAGAUCAGUUUAUGUCCAGUAAAAAUCAGCUAAGAGACCUCGAUUUGGUUGAUGGUAAAGCAGUCCAUAUCAGCCAUAUUGUGCCAAAUAUUGCUGGAGGGAAGGUCCCACAGAACAUACUGCUUCCAUCAGCAUCAGCUGAUGUAGGUGAUGGGAGUCCCUCCAGAUAUGAUCAUGAAGAGGUGUCUUUAUUUCAAUGUCUUGCAGCCAGUGACAAACUGGAAGAGAACAAGAUAAGGAGAAGGAAGACACAAUCAGAUGGACUAGAUGUCAAGAAGAGCCCAGGAGAACAGAGAGGUGGGUGUCGGAGAACGCCACGUGCUCAGACUAGUAAUUUUGCUGCUUCUUUGCAUUCUGACAUUAGAGAUAACUGUCAAAAAUCAAAUAAAUCGACAUCAAGAUUUAAGACCAAAAAGAUAAGGAAAGGUGCUGUGUUGCUGAGAACUAGAACUAAGUCUGCACAGAAAGGAGCAGAGUCUCUCCCUAAGAGGCUUGGAAUUGCCAUUGUGAGUGUUGAUUCUGUUGGUCGUGAUGUGAUAUCGGAUGUUGACAAUGAGCCUGCUGAAGGAGGGUCAGCCGUGGAUGAUGAGUUUGGAAACAAAACGGAUGAGGCGGCACUUGUUCCUCCUCACACAGGCUGUAAUGACCAAAUAGAUGAGUUCUUAAUCCCUAGCCCCAGAAAGAAGAGGAAAUCAGGAAAGACAGCUGUCAAGACUCUGAAGAAAGGGAGAGCUGGCAACUUUCUGAUUCGUUGGAACAAGAACAGUAUCUGCAGCCUGUGUGGGUUUGAAGGUCAGAUAAGUGAUGUGGUGACCCACAGGAAGUCUGCACAUCCGGAAGAGGCUCACGUGUGUCCACUGUGCUUCAACAAGUCCGUGGACCACAGGGCCAUGAUCCAGCAUCUGAAGCGGCAGCAUCUGUGGCGGGAGUCAGGGAAGUACAGCUGUGGGAAGUGUGGCCGAGACUGCCACAACCGCGUGGGCCUGCUCAGUCACGACCAGAUUGUGCAUGGAGUACACCAUGGAGAGGUGUUGGUGUGUGAGGCGGAGGGCUGUCACUUCUACUGCGCCGCCCAGUCCCCUGCCACUAUGGGGGAACACAGGAAGGGGCAUGGUGACACGUUUAGCUACGCCUGUGAACACUGUGACAAACAAUACAAGACCAGGAAAGCACUCAAGAAUCACAUGUACCACCAUAUCAACAGCCAGCGCUACCAGUGUGAGAUAUGUGGCUACUUCACAGCCACGCCGUCCGACCUCAAACUGCACACGACCACAAACCACUCCGAUGGCCCGCUGUACAAGUGCCAUGUGUGUGGGAACAACUACAGAUCUCAGUACUCCAUGGAUGAUCACUUGUGGAAGGUCCAUGGGCUAAAAGAUGACAAAAGGAAAUGUUUGCAAUGUGAUGAAUGCGACUUCAUCACCCUCUGGCAAGGAACCCUCACUGCGCACAAAAAAAUUCACGUCACAGAAAAAAACUUUGCUUGUGAAAUCUGUGGCAAAAUAUUCCGAACUCCAAAUAAUUUAAGCAGCCACCGAAACUCAACACACAAAGAAUCGGAUCUACACUGUAACUUUUGUCAACAUACAACAAAGACUCUGGAUCACAUGAGGAAACAUUUGAUGAUCGCCCACUACUAUAAGGGUGUGAAGCCCUAUUCGUGUGUGUAUUGCUCGUACAAGAGUAUGACUGGCGGCAACGUUCGCAAACACGUCAUGGUACAGCACCCAGCCGAGGACGUGAAGUAUGUGCCUGAUCGGGAGCUUCUUGCUGAAAUGAAGGCUAAAUGGCUGUCCCUGGAUAAAUCUCAAUGGACAGAUGUUUUGAGAAACAAAUGAAUGAAUGAAUGAAUGAAUGAAUGAAUGAAUGAAUGAAUGAAUGAAGUAAGUCACAGUUCGCAAUAGUCAGCCUGAAUGAAUGAAUGAAUGAAGUAAGUCACAGUCAGCAGUAUCACAAUGGCCAGUAAACUAUCAACCUCUGUGGGGCCUACAACUUAAAGUUGGUCCCCAGCAAUCUAUGCUUGUAUGAGGCGACUUAAUGGAUUGGGUGGUCAAGACCCGGGCAGCUUAUGUCUAACACCCCAACGCCACAAACAACAGAGCUGUAUGUGAUCGAUGCCAGUAAUUGAUGACAUAGGCAACAGUACAGUGACACAGUAUCAGCCAAGUCACACCCAGUGACCACCCAAAUCUCAUUAGCCAGCUCUGACAAGAAGUUCGGGAGGCCGAGGACCUGUUCUACCUUGGAAUAACCACAGGGGUCUUGGACAAGCAUGGGUCAACUGGUAUGUGUCUUAACCCGUUUCCCCACAACCCGUAAAUAAUACAAUAUGCAGAAUGAAUAUCAUCAUGUAGUAUGUAUCCAUGCUCGUAUUUUAAAGCAAAAGCUGACAUUUUGUUUAUUAGAAAGCAUUUAUUCUUAGCAUUUAAUAUAUGUACAUCUGUAGCAUUUAGCAUUGUGUGAUAUACCUUGGUCAUUUAGAUGGGUAAUGAAAGUGUUCCUUGAACAACAUGCACAUUAUACAAAAUAAAUCCUGAAGGAAGCUCAAGUGUUUUGU